AUGCAAGCCCAAGGAGAAGAUAAACGGCAAGAGGGAGAUAUCAUGCAAGCGCAAGAAGAAGGUAGAUGGCAAGAGGAAGACACCAUGCAAGCAAAAGGAGAAGAUAAAAGGCAAGACGAAAAUAUCAUACAAGCGCAAGGAGAAGAUAAACGGCAAGAGGAAGAUAUUACACAAGCGCAAGGAGAAGACAAAAGGCAAGACGAAGAUAUUAGGCAAGAUGAAAGUAUUACACAAGCACAAGGAGAAGACAAACGGCAAGACGAAGAUAUCAUACAAGCGCAAGGAGAAGAUAAACGGCAAGACGAAGACAUUAUGCAAGCAAAAGGAGAAGAUCAACGACAUCGAGAUGAUUUCACAUGGUUUCUUGAUGGCAAAAAACCAUGGCAGGAAAACAUGGCAGGAAACCAUCGUAGAAAUCCAUCACAAGAAACCAUGACAGGAGGAAAUCACGGCAGAAAACC